AUGAAUCGGAAGAGGACAUCGACACUGUCCUUUAAAUCUCCUUUACUAAACCGUGAUGAGUGUGAUAGUCCAGUUCAGAAGAAGAGUUUUGUUCCACCCGUUUCGUCUGCGACUCCUUCGAUCCGGACUCAAUCCUCCAGAUUUGUGUCCCAAAGUUACUUUAGACAGCCAUAUAAGAUGAGUUCUGUCGUUCCAAAAAUCUCUACUCUUAAACCAUCGGUCCUACAAAUGAAGUCAAUAAAGCCUUCAAAAUCCGUGGAAUCCACAUGCGCCUCUUCAAAACCAAGAGUUCUUGAAUGUUCCUUUAAGCCAGCCGAUGCAAGUCCAUCUAGACAUUGCCAACAAAGUAAGUCAGUGUAUUUAUUUCAAUUAAAGUUUUGAAUACAGUAUCAUCCAAUAAGGGGGAGAUCUCAACGGAACUCCAAACACUUGACUUCCAAACGGCCAGCCAAGCGCCCAUCAAAAUGUUAGCGAGCAAAUUAAAUACUGCCAGAUCUUUGCUCAGAGAUGUGGAUAUUACAGUAAGUAAACUCAUUACGAAUUCAGUUACCAUAAUUUAUUCUUACAAUUAGGCUAAAGAGGAGGCAGAGAAUACAAAUUUGAUAUCUCAUGGAAUCCAAGACUUCCCGGAUUCAUUGGAGCAGGAUCUGGACAUUGACUGGGCUUCCGUAGGCAGGUCAAUAGAGGAAAAGCUGAACGAGACGGUUUGA